AGUCCAGUAUGGACGAGUGUGACUAUGUGCUGGUGGCCAGUAAGGGGCGGAGUCGGGGCGAGGUAAAGCCGGAGGUGCGGGCCUUCAUGGAGAUGCUGAGGGAGAGGGGCAUGGACAUCACCGAGAUCGAGUCUGGCAGUAAGGUGUUCUACUGCAUAGUGGCCCCUAGUGAGCUGUUUGAGAAGUACAGGUACCUGUUGAAGGUGUCUGAUGCGUGUAACUGCUGUGAGGACGAGACACGCGUCUACAGCGGCACGGCCACGCCCACCUUCACGGACACGAGCACGCUGGCCAGCACGCACACGGGCACCCACAGCAGGAGGCUGGCCAACAAGAAGACCCUCACGCAGAUCCUCACGCAGGCCAUCAACGACUGCUGCCUGCCCAGGCUUCCAAGAAUUGAAGAGCGUAGGAUUGCCCCCCAAUGUAACGACAGUCCAGAGUUGACGGAGAUUGUUCCCAAGUCCACCAGGAUCAGGAUAGUGCACUUCCUCUUAGAAAACUCCAUACAGAGGAACAGUGAUGAGCUGGGCUCCAGAGCUGUGUUUAAGUCCAUGUUCUGCUUGCAUGAGAGGAAGGCACAGAGCAAGCUGAAGCACAGGUGGGCCCACUGGAAAUACAUGUUCGAUCCCCAGCCCUUCAACGACAUCAGGAUGUAUUUCGGUGAGAAGGUGGCCCUGUACUUCCUGUGGCUGGGCUGGUACACCAUCCUGCUGCUGCCUGCCGCCGCCGUGGGACUCUCCAUCUUCAUAUACGGACUCAUAUACGCCGGGCCAUCAUCCACCGUCAUCCAGGAGGUGUGUAACUCCAGCAGCAUCAUGUGCCCCCGAUGUGACAAGAGGUGUCAAGUAUGGAGCCUCAAGGACACCUGCACUUACACCAAGGUGAACCAGCUGUUUGACAACGAGGGCACGGUGGCAUUCGCCAUGUUCAUGGCCAUAUGGGCUACAGUGUUCCUGGAGCUGUGGAAGAGGCACAGAGCGAAGUACGUCUCCCAGUGGAACGUCUUCGACUGGAGCGAGGAGGAGGAGGAGCUGAUCAUGGAGAUAGUGAAUGACGUGGAGUGUAAGACUAAAGAGUUUAAGUACUCAUACACACGCAACGCCCUGUCUGUCUGCCUUACCACACUACUGCUGGUCAUCAUCAUGGGGUUGACCCAGGCGUUGGUGAUGUUCCGUGUGGUGGCGCGCGUCAAGCUGGGGGAACAGGACCACUGGCCAAUCGUAAAGCGGAACGCCAACGUGGCUGCCGUUGCCAUGGGAGCGGGCCUCCACUUCCUCACCAUGCAGAUCAUGAAGAGGGUAAACCGCUUUGUGGCCUUCAAACUCUGUGACAUUGAGAGGUGUCGUUCGUAUGCUGCUACGGAGAGGAGUUUCACAUUGAAGAUGUUCAUCUUUGAGUUCUGCACCGGAUUCAGCUCGCUCGUAUACAUCGCAUUCUUCCUUGGCAGGAUUAAUGGCUAUCCUGGAAACUACACGAGAAUAGGAGGCAAAUGGAGACUAGAAGAGUGCCACCCCAGUGGUUGCCUGACGGACCUCUUCAUCCAGAUGUCAGUCAUCCUGGUGCUAAAGCAGACCAUACACAACAUCGUGGAGUUCACACUACCGCGGCUCCGGCACUGCUUGAAGCAGACGAUGGCGCGCCUCCUGAAGUGUUCAUGUAGCCACUGCCGUGCCUGUAAGGGGCGCCCAUGUGACACCUGCAGACGCCACAACUGGAUCAUGAAGAACUACUACCUCAACGACGUCCACACAUUCAAACUCUUCGACGUCUACGUAGACAUGGUAAUGCAGUUCAGCUUCACCACCAUCUUCGUGGCGGCGUUCCCCCUGGCUCCUCUGCUGGCCCUCAUCAACAACAUAUUUGAGAUCCGUGGAGAUGCCAACCGCAUGGUCUGCCUAGAGCGCCGCCUAGUGCCCAGGAAGACCAACGACAUCGGUAUCUGGAUGAAGGUGUUGGAGGUGAUCGGUGUGUUGGCUGUGAUCGCUAACGGCCUGGUGAUCGGCAUCUCCUCUGACUUCAUCCCUCGUCUCGUCUACCGCUAUCACUACGGGCCCUGUGCUAACGGGACUGAGACCGACAUGGACUGCAUGGCGGGCUACAUCAGCAGUACUCUCUCCAUGGCCAACCGCUCUGAGCCGGACGUCCAGAGAGACUUUGGGAUGCAGCAGAUGAUCCUGCCCAACGGAAGCAACGUCACCACCUGCAGUUAUAAAGACUACCGCAACAGUGGGGACUACUCCCUAACCCCUCAGUACUGGGUCAUCCUGGCCAUACGAUUUGGCUUCGUCAUACUGUUCGAGCACGUGGUGGUGUUUUGUAAGUUUGCGGUUGCCUGGUUCAUCCCCGAUCUGCCAAGUGGCGUGAGAAACCGCCGCCUCCAGGACAAGACCACCCGGCUGCAGGCAGAACUCUCCGAAUGGAAGCACCGGCGACAUAACACACACCCCGACGGAGAACAGGAGGACGACGAGCACACACACACAUCAAACACACACUCGCCGGUGGAGGACAGGGGCAGUCCACACAGACACACACCCGUAGAGGUGGACAUGUGUAGCACGCCCACACACUCACACACACCCACUCCGGAGAAGCUGAGCACGCACACAUACGCGUCGGAGGAGACCAGAGCGUACACACGCACGCCACAGGACGACACGGACAGCGUACACACGCCCACUACGGAAGACACCCAUGUGCACACACGCACCUCACCGUUAGCCAGCGCGAGCAACACGCCUACGGCAGAGGAGCGGGACAGCGAACACUCGGAGCCGGAGCCCGAGCCGGAGCCGGACAGCGAUGCAGAGGCCGCGAGGUCACACACACACACUCCGGAGGGGAGCAGAGCAAGAGCACACACCCCCAAACCAAAGGAGAGGGCAGAGGACUCAGACAGCGAAGACUAGAGGAGCAGGAGAGAUGGAGCAUGCAGGCUC